AUGAAGUUUUUUUCAAAAGAAUAUCCAAUUCCAUUCUUAUAUUUAAAUCCCACUAUGGAUAAUCUAAGGUUUAAAACUGAAAUAUUGCUGUUAAAUAGCAAUUUAUUUUAUUUUAUUUAAUAAGGUUAUACAAUUCUUAAUUUUUCUUUAAGUUAAAAUUAAAAAAAAAUAGGCAAAACAGAACUCAUCAAUUAAAUUUUUUAUGAAAGAGAAAAGUUUUAAACUAGUGACACAUGUUAAAUGAAUUAAAAUACAAUUGAUAUUAUGUUUGAUUUUGAAUUCAACAAUUCAAGAAAUUUUAUUGUAGCUGAUGUUCAUGGAACAAUAAUCUUUGAAAUCUUAAUUAAAAUACUUCCAUUUUUUUAAUUUUGGAUAGUUUAAAUGGAUUCUUUAAAAGAAUAUCAAGAAAAUUUAGAUUAAAUUAGUAUAAUCUUACAAAAAAUAGAAUACUAAAUCAAACAAAAACUUGAAAUUUGUUUUAUUGUCAGAAAUACAGAAGAGAGAGAAUUAAUGAAUAACUAACCAAUCAAUUAUGAAAUAGAAAAUAAAAAUAUUAAAAUAUUUUAUCUUCAUAAUUUAAAUGCAAACUAAAUAGACAAAUAAUUUAAAAUAAGUUAAAUUUAAGAUGUUUCCAAGUUCUUGUUUAGUUUAAUUUUGGACCAUUAAAAAAGACUUUAAUAAAGCAAUCAAUAUUAAGAAAAUUUAAAAAACUAAUUCCUCCUAGUACUUUAAUAAUUUAACCCAUAAUAUAAUGUUUGUAUUUAAUAAAUAAUCAACCAUUAAAAUCUUAUCAAUUAAAUUUAAGAUAAACUAAAUGGAAUAGUGAAUGAACAGGAUGGAUUUUAUUCGUAAAAUGCAUUUCCUAUAAGACGAAUUUAAUGGAAUAUGAAAAAACUAAGGAAUCAAAAUUAUGAAUUGUGCAUGAAAACUAUUGAGAACAAAAUGGAAAUUGAGAAGAAUAAAAAACAAAUAGAAGAUUAAGAAAUACAAAUAUAAAAAUAGAAUCCAACUUAGUUGUUAAAAAUUUUCUGUGAAAUUUUUAAGUAAAAACAAUAANAUGAUAUAUUAAUUUAUGCUAAUUAAAUUUUAUAAAGUUAUAAGUAAAUAGUAGAUGGAAUAGGAUGUUUAAAUUUAAAAUCAUUAUUUUAAAUCUUUUUCAAUAAUGCAAAUGACGAAUUAAGAGUAAUUUUAAUGAAGUUUUUUUCAAAAGAAUAUCCAAUUCCAUUCUUAUAUUUAAAUCCCACUAUGGAUAAUCUAAGGUUUAAAACUGAAAUAUUGCUGUUAAAUAGCAAUUUAUUUUAUUUUAUUUAAUAAGGUUAUACAAUUCUUAAUUUUUCUUUAAGUUAAAAUUAAAAAAAAAUAGGCAAAACAGAACUCAUCAAUUAAAUUUUUUAUGAAAGAGAAAAGUUUUAAACUAGUGACACAUGUUAAAUGAAUUAAAAUACAAUUGAUAUUAUGUUUGAUUUUGAAUUCAACAAUUCAAGAAAUUUUAUUGUAGCUGAUGUUCAUGGAACAAUAAUCUUUGAAAUCUUAAUUAAAAUACUUCCAUUUUUUUAAUUUUGGAUAGUUUAAAUGGAUUCUUUAAAAGAAUAUCAAGAAAAUUUAGAUUAAAUUAGUAUAAUCUUACAAAAAAUAGAAUACUAAAUCAAACAAAAACUUGAAAUUUGUUUUAUUGUCAGAAAUACAGAAGAGAGAGAAUUAAUGAAUAACUAACCAAUCAAUUAUGAAAUAGAAAAUAAAAAUAUUAAAAUAUUUUAUCUUCAUAAUUUAAAUGCAAACUAAAUAGACAAAUAAUUUAAAAUAAGUUAAAUUUAAGAUGUUUCCAAGUUCUUGUUUAGUUUAAUUUUGGACCAUUAAAAAAGACUUUAAUAAAGCAAUCAAUAUUAAGAAAAUUUAAAAAACUAAUUCCUCCUAGUACUUUAAUAAUUUAACCCAUAAUAUAAUGUUUGUAUUUAAUAAAUAAUCAACCAUUAAAAUCUUAUCAAUUAAAUUUAAGAUAAACUAAAUGGAAUAGUGAAUGAACAGGAUGGAUUUUAUUCGUAAAAUGCAUUUCCUAUAAGACGAAUUUAAUGGAAUAUGAAAAAACUAAGGAAUCAAAAUUAUGAAUUGUGCAUGAAAACUAUUGAGAACAAAAUGGAAAUUGAGAAGAAUAAAAAACAAAUAGAAGAUUAAGAAAUACAAAUAUAAAAAUAGAAUCCAACUUAGUUGUUAAAAAUUUUCUGUGAAAUUUUUAAGUAAAAACAAUAAUAAUAGAUAAAAUUUUAUAUUAUAUAUUAAUUUAGAAUAAUAUUAUAUUGUUUAUCUUUAGAUUGUUGAUAAAAUUAGGUAAUUUAAUGAAAAAAAUUUAAUAAAUUUAUAGCAAAAAGAUUAUGAAUUAAAUGAAUAGUUCAAUAAAUUAAAAUAGGAAAAACAUAAAAUAAAAUAGAAAUAUCUCAAUAAUUUACAAAAUUUAUGUGAAGAUCAAUUAAAUAAAACAAUAAAAGAUAAGAUGUCUAAAUUAAAACAAUAAAUGGAUAAUAAUGCACUAAAUAUUUCUAAGAAAAAUGUUGGUAUUGAAUUAUUUUGGAGAGAAUUAAUCAGCUUAAGAAAAUCUAAUAACUAUGAUCUAGAAUUCAAUCCAGUUGAAACACUCUCUGAAUUGAUUAGAAAAGGAGAAUCAUUAGAAUUUUUAGAUGGAGAUACUUUAUCAAUUAACACUUAAUUUUUAUUUGAUUUAGAAAAUAAAAUAACAUAUUAGGUCCUUAAAGUUCAGGUAAAUCAACUAUUUUAAACAAAAUCUUUGGAUGCCAUUUUUGGGCUAGUGUUGGAAGAUGUACAAAAGGAAUUCAUUUAUAAAUAUUAUAAGUUUAAAAUAAGCAAGUAUUUCAAAAUCGUUUUGAUUAAAUACUUAUUCUUGAUACAGAAGGUUUACAAAAUCCCAAUUAAAUUGAUGUAGAAUUUGAUAAAAAAUUGCAUUAUUUGUGCUUUCAAUUAGAUAUAUUAUUAUGAUAAAUGUAAAAGGAGAGAUUAAUUAAUAAUUUAAAAGUUUGGUUGA